UAAUGCCAAAAUGUAAAAAAAAAAAAAAAGGACAAAGUAACAUUCUAAGUUUAAAUUCCGGUGUUCAUCAUGAGGACUCAGUGGUAGGAGAAAAGUCUGCAUGACGUUGGCAACAUAAAUACUUUGGCUCUCAGUCAUUCGCUUUCACUCUGACUUAUAUUAUCUGGGCGGCAAUCGUUUAUUCAAAAGGCCAAAACCAUGUGCUUUAUUGUCAUUCGAAUAUAUCAUUGCAAAUAUAUAUGAGUAUUAUCAAAUAAACAAGUAAAUUUUCUUUCAAAUAAUUACAGGAGGGGAAUUUAUUUUCAGGAGUCUAUUAAAAUGUGAGAAGGGCGUCAGUACAAGACAGUCAUCCAGCUUGUAAACACUAAAGAAAAUUAAAAAAUUUCAUUGUCAAAAAUAAUGAUCUAUCCUUGAAAUUGAAGACAAUAAAAUGAAGAUUAAAAAUAUUAUAAAAUCAAUUAAUAAAGUGAAUGAUUAUCAAGUGAUUAGAUAAAAAUAAAAAAAAUAAAGUUGACAGGGGGUAAUAGUGCAAAACGCUUAUAUAUUUUGCAAUAUAUUAUGUUGCAGACAGUAGUACUAAUAAAAAAAUAAAAAAAAAAUGUGACCUAAAUACUCGAUGUAUUGCAGAAUGAGUAUGUUAGUGUUUGACUGAUGAAAAGGAAAGUUAUCAAAUUGCUCUUUAAAUAAAAAAGUUGAAAAAAAAAAAAAGUUAAUUUAAAUGGCGAUUAUUUUGGCAGCAAUAACAACAACAAUUAAAGCAGCUGGUUUGCUUAUUGGUAUUGGUAAAUUAACAAUAUUACCAAUAUUAAUUGUUGCAAUGGCAUAUUUUAAUUAUGAUUUAAUGGAUCCAGAAAAUCAUCCACAUGUUACUAAAAAUUUAUAUACUGAAUAUGAUUUUAUUGUUAUUGGUGGUGGUUCAGCUGGUAGUGUUGUUGCAAAUAGAUUAAGUGAAAUUAAAGAAUGGAAUGUAUUAUUAUUAGAAGCUGGUGGUCAUGAAACUGAAAUAACAGAUGUACCAAUGCUAUCACUUUAUUUGCAUAAAAGUAAAAUUGAUUGGAAAUAUAGAACUCAACCACAAAAUUCAGCUUGUCAAGCUAUGAUUGAUAAACGAUGUUGUUGGACAAGAGGAAAGGUUUUAGGUGGUUCAAGUGUGCUAAAUACAAUGCUCUAUAUUCGUGGUAAUCGUAGAGAUUUUGAUCAAUGGGAAAGUUUUGGUAAUCCAGGCUGGAGUUUUGAUGAUGUUUUGCCGUAUUUUAAAAAAUCAGAAGAUCAAAGAAAUCCAUAUCUUGCUCGUGACAAGAGAUAUCACAGUACAGGAGGAUAUUUAACAAUUCAAGAUGCACCAUACAAUACACCAUUGGGUGUUGCAUUUGUACAAGCUGGUGAAGAAAUGGGCUAUGAUAUUGUUGAUGUUAAUGGUGAUCAACAAACUGGUUUUGGUUUUUGGCAAUUUACAAUGCGACGUGGUACAAGAUGUAGUGCUGCAAAAGCAUUUAUUCGUCCAAUUCAUCAACGUAAAAAUUUUCAUUUAUCAUUAUGGAGUCAUGUAACACGUAUACUAAUUGAUCCAUUAACAAAAAGAGCUAAUGGUGUACAAUUUAUAAGAGACAAUCGUUUACAUACAGUAUAUGCAAAAAAAGAAGUUAUAUUAUCUGGUGGUGCUAUUAAUUCACCACAGUUAUUAAUGUUAUCUGGUAUUGGUGAUGCAAAACAUUUAAAUGAUGUUGGUAUUAAUACAAUACAACAUCUACCUGGUGUUGGACAAAAUUUACAAGAUCAUAUUGCUGUUGGUGGUAUUGCAUUUUUAAUUGAUUAUCCAGUAUCAAUUGUUAUGAAUAGAUUAGUUAAUGUUAAUUCAGUAUUAAGAUAUACAAUAACAGAAGAUGGACCAUUAACAUCAAGUGUUGGUCUUGAAGCUGUUGCAUUUAUAUCAACAAAAUAUGCUAAUAAAACAGAUGAUUGGCCUGAUAUUGAAUUUAUGAUAACAUCAACAUCAACAAAUUCUGAUGGUGGUACACAAGCUAAAAAUGCACAUGGUUUAACUGAUGAAUUUUAUAAUGAAAUAUUUAGUGAAAUAAAUAAUCGUGAUGUUUUUGGUGUAUUUCCAAUGAUGCUAAGACCAAAAUCAAAAGGUUUUAUAAAAUUAAAAACAAAAAAUCCACUUGAUUAUCCAUUAAUGUAUCAUAAUUAUUUAACACAUCAAGAUGAUGUUAAUGUUCUUAGAGAGGGUGUUAAAGCAGCAAUUGCAUUUGGUGAAACAGCAACAAUGAAAAGAUUUGGUGCACGUUUUCAUAAUAAACCACUUCCAAAUUGUAAACAUUUACCACUUUAUACUGAUGAUUAUUGGAAUUGUGUUAUUAGACAAUAUACAAUGACUAUUUAUCAUAUGAGUUGUACAGCUAAAAUGGGACCAAUAAGUGAUCCAAUGGCUGUUGUUGAUCAUCAAUUAAAGGUACAUGGUAUUAAUGGUUUAAGAGUUAUUGAUGCUUCUAUUAUGCCAACAAUAACAAAUGGUAAUAUCAAUGCACCAGUUAUUAUGAUUGGAGAAAAAGGAUCAGACAUGAUCAAAGAUCAAUGGUUAAAACGUUUCAAAAGAAGUCAUUCAAAUACAACUUCUGGUGCUUCGUGAAAUUAUAAAUAAAUAAUUUAAUGGAAUUUUUAUUUUCAAAUCAAAACAAAUGUAAAAUAGUAGACUUAAAUUUAUAGUACUUUAAUAAAUAAUAAUCAGGUAAUUUUUGAAUAAUUGAAUAAUAAAAAAAUAGUUAAAAUAUUUUUAUAUUAUAUAAAUAUACCGCAGCUAUAAUUUACUACAGACAACAUUACCGAGAAAAAUAAUCAAAUAAACUCAAAAACUAAUCAUAUAUUAUUAUUUAUGUAAAAAUAUUUUUCUCAUAGAAAAAUAUAUAGUAUAUUUUAAAGUUAAUUUAAAUAACUCAGUUAGGUUUUUUGAGUUAUUCAAAUGAAUGGAAAUUUAUUAAAAAUAAUUAUAGACAUCUAUUGAAUGAAUGAGACAAAAAAUAAUAUUCAGGAAAACCUUGUCAAAAUAAAAUGAUGUGCAUUUUAUUUAUUUUUUUUUUAAUAUCUUGUGUCACAACGAAAAGCCAUAGCUUUAUAAAUAGAAAAAACAAAAUAUUACACAAUCCAAACUGAUAGUCAUAAUAUUAUUGCCAAUAUAUAUUUUUUUAAUUUAAAAAUACAAAAAAAAGAAAAAAAAAAUCAACAAAAAAAAGAUUUAGUAAGAG